AUGGAGAUUGGGAGCGAUUCGUCGCAUUCGGGAUCGGGUGGGAGUCAUCGAGAUCGCAGGGCGGUGGGAGCAGGACGUUGGGAUGACGGUGGCGGGAGCGUACAAACUCACGGGCAAGUAGGAUCUCGGUCGACGCAUUCGCCUACCAUCACGGUGAACAGCAGGUCCCUUGGCUUUAGCGUGAGCACGACGUAUCCCGUGAAGAUUUAUAGGGCGGAUGAGUCGUGGGAGAUCCUGCCGAUCAGCGUGGACGUUACCGUCGCGGAUCUGACGAAGUUGUUGAAUGUGACGAUGUUGGGCGAGAAUGAGAAGGAGAUACAUAGGCUGUUUUUGAGGGAGAGGGGACGAGAGCGAUUACUUGCGCAGAACGAGAAACCAGGGAAGAUCGUCCGAAAUCGACUCGAACAAGCGGGCUACGAUCCUUCCGACACUCUCGGCGAGCAGGUGUCGCGAGACCUGUCCACCUACCUGAAGUUUGUGUACAAGAGUGUCGUCUUGGGGCCUCCUUCUCAAGAACUUUCUGAUGAGGCCGCUAGCUUCGAGCAUAUCAACGUCAUUGACCAGGGCUACAAAGUCAUUCCCAUCGUAUUCUACCGUCGCGCAAAGGACAUCGUCUCGCUCAAUCUAUCUGGAAAUCCAAUGCUCGAUAUUCCGCUCGAUUUCAUCCAGUCGUGUACCUCCCUUCGCGAGCUGUGUCUUUCGAACAUGGCGAUCAAGAAGGUCUCGCAGAACAUCCAGCAUCUCCCAGCCUUGCAAUCCCUCGACCUUUCGAGGAAUCGGAUUGGUGACCUCGAGGACGCCGGCCUGGACAGACUCGUACAUCUCACGCAUCUGGCGAUCUACAAUAAUCGGCUUAAUCGGCUGCCCUCGUAUUUUGAGCGAAUGGCGUCGCUGAAGAUUUUGAACAUGUCCAACAACAGGUUUCCGGUCCUUCCAGACGUAGUGUCUAAGUUACGGGUGCUGGAGGAAUUGGAUGCCUCGUUUAACCUGAUCUCGACGUUGCCGGACAAGAUUGGAGAUCUGAGCGCCCUGGUGAAACUUAUACUAGUGGGCAACAACAUUUCGUGUUUCCCGGACAGCAUCGCGGCGUUGGAUCGGUUGCAGUUGCUGGAUUGCAGACGGAACAAUAUCUCGGAGUUGGGACCUGCGUCGACGCUUCCGGGAUUAUGCGUCAUCGACUUUAGUCGAAAUCCGGUGGAUGGACUUCAAUUAUCGCUCGGGCCACACGUCGACACCUUGACACUGUCUCACACUGAAAUAUCCGAUAUCGUCAUUCCGCCGAUCGUCUCCAAAGACACUAUCAUGCUCACCGCACUCACUCUCUCCCAUUCGAACCUCACCUAUCUCGAUGAAUCCCUCUUCUCCCAUCUCUCCCUCCUCGAAGAUCUCAACCUGGACCACAACCGCCUCCGCCAAGUGCCUGACUCCAUCUGUGACCUUCGCGAACUGCGUUCCUUCUCAUGUUCCGUCAACUCUCUCGCCGCUCUCCCAGAUCGAUUCAACAACCUCCAGAAACUCGAACGCCUUGACGUAUACGACAACAAUCUCACCGCUGUACCCCGCUCGGUCUACCAAUGCCCACGCCUCAGCCGCGCCACACUCGCGUCCAACUUGAUUUCCCUCGCCGAGCCUGUCCAUACCUCGGUCGAUUCAGUCGCAUCUCCUGCCCUGAGCUCACUUACUGAGGUGUACCUGUGCGAGAAUCGGUAUGAGAGUAGUAUCCUGUAUGUGAUCAUGCAGCUGAAGGAACUGAGGAUAUUGAACAUCGCGUUCAACGAGUUGGAGGAGAUUCCGCCAGCCUUUUUCAAGGAUUUGGUGAAGUUGGAAGAGUUGUAUCUGGGCGGAAAUAAGCUUUCGAGUCUUCCCACGGAGCAUUUGUGGAAGUUGACGAGGCUGAAAGUCCUGUUCCUCAACGGUAACAGGUUCCAGACGCUUCCCAAGGAGCUCGGGAAGAUUCCGAGCUUGACAAUGUUGGACGUGGGGAGUAAUGAUCUCAAGUACAACAUCAGCAACUACGAGUUCGACUGGAAUUGGAACCACAACAAGAAUCUACGAUACCUAAACUUCUCCGGAAACAAACGCCUCAAAAUCAAGCCCGACAGCACCCACGCGCACACCAAUUCUGCGCCGGUCCAUACGGAGGAUAACAAGGGCAUUGACCUGAGGCACCUCGCAGAUUUUUCCGCCCUCACUCGUCUCGAAGUCUUAGGUCUCAUGGACGUCACCACCGUCUUUUCCACUAUCCCGGACGGGCACGCAGGGCGACGCGUGAGGACUUCGCUCUCGGAGAUCAACGGUAUGGCGUAUGGCAUCGCAGAUACGCUCUCGCUAUCCCAGAAUCUCGGCGUCUUCGACCUCGUUCAUCCGUCCUUCCGAGACAAGAACGAGGCGAUAUUCGCGAUCUUUGGGAACGCUAAGGCGUCGAGUGGCAGCAACCUCCUCACGAAGUUUCUGUCGGAUAGAUUCUCACCGACAUUCGAACAAGAACUGAGGUCGUCUCCAUAUAACCCUGGGGAGACGACUGAGGGAGUUCCAGAUGCGCUGAGAAGGACCUUCCUCACUCUGAACGGCCUAGCAUACCAUUAUCUGCUCAACCAAAUUCGGGAGCAUCCUUAUCUCGUGGCAAAUGGAAGCGAUCCCAUGAAGACAGGCGCGUCAGGCGUUGUUCUUUACAUCCAGAACCGUACUCUAUUCCUCGCCAACGUCGGGAGCUCACUGGCCGUUGUUUCUCGUGGUGGUCGAGCGACUGCUUUAUCGGUGAAGCACGAUUCUCUCGACCGGGGAGAAAUCAACCGCAUUCGUGCUGCCGAAGGUUGGAUCUCACCGCGUGGGUUGGUCAACGAUACCACAGACGUCUCUCGCUCCUUUGGAUUCUUCGAUCAAGUCCCGGUCGUGAACGCCCGCCCCGACGUCUUCAAAUACGACUUUACCGACGAAGAUGAAUUCAUCAUUCUCGGCAACAAUGGCUUCUGGGAGUUCAUCUCCACUCAGACCGCAGUCGAUAUGGCGCGUUCAGAGUGGGCUGAUCCCAUGAUCGCCGCUCAGAAGUUGAGGGACUUUGCGAUCAGCUACGGGGCAAGGGGAAGUUCAAUGGUCAUGGUCGUCUCGCUCUCGUCCGCGUUCAAGCCGAGGCCCAGACAAGCUACCAUCGAGUCAUUGGGCGUAGUCGGCGAGUCGGAUUUGGGGUCACCGUUGAGAUGGAAGAGGAAAGAGGAUGUAAUAGAUCGGUCAACGAUCCUUGAGGACGCUACUGCCCCAGUCGGCCAUCUCGCUCUCGUCUUCACGGAGCUCAAACACUCGGAUUACCUAUGGGAAUCGAAUCCUGGUAUGCCUGAGGCGGCGAGGAUGCACCACGAGAUUCUGAGGAGGGAGCUUCAUUCGUGUGGCGGGUACGAAGUGAAGAGGGAAUUCGACACAUUCAUGGUGGCGUUCGAGACGGUAUCGGCCGCGCUGCUCUGGUGCCUCAGGGUUCAGAUCGAGCUUAUGGACGCGGAUUGGCCGAGAGAGAUCCUGGAAUGGGAGGGUGGCAGGGAGGUUCUUGGUUGGGAUGGACAGAUCGUCAUGCGCGGCCUAUCCGUAACUAUGGGCAUUCAUUGUGGCACCCCUGCCUGCGAGCCCGACGCCAUCACGAAGAGAAUGGACUACUUCGGGUCCAUGGUCAACAGGUCUGCGAGGAUCAACUCAGCGGCCGAUGGAGGACAGAUCAUGGUCAGCGCCGACGUCGCUAACGAGAUCAGAGCUACGGUCCUUGGAAAUGGACCCAAGACGGAAUAUUCGGCAUACCAACCGGCACAUAUCGUCGACGCCGUGAAGAAGAUAGGCAUUUACUUGGUCUCCAAGGGAGAAGUAAAGUUGAAGGGGUUUGAGGUUCCCGAGACGUUGUCGCUUGUGUUCCCAAGAAGAUUAGUGGGGAGGCAUGAGACGGUCAUCCUUUCGGAAGAAUCAGACUCAGAGGAGCUCGCGGAGAUGGAUGAAGUGGAUCCACAGUCGGUCCAGUACUUGCGCGACCUUUCCCAGGAAUGUGCUUGUUUGGAAGGCAUAGCUUCGCAGAAGCUUCGCGAUUCUUCCUCUUCCCUCACCACCGCCGCCGCCACCUUAACCUCGUCUGGCAUAGACGAGACAGCUGCAUCAGGCUAUUCCACUCAUAACUUCACCCAUCUCCAGUCAGCCAUUCCAGACAAGCCAUGCGAAGAUCAAGUUUCCUCGGGUAUUGAUUUUGCACUCCUUCGUAUAGCAAAUGCUGCCUCCGUGCUCAACGAACCAGUUCCUGCCAUGCCCUCUCUAUCGGACUCUGCGAAAAUCAUGGCUGCGUUCGGGGGACGGAGGGGGCAACCACUCGGACCAGAGAAGCUGAAAAGACUCUUGGAAUUGCUUGAGCCUUGA